UUCAAACAACUUACCAACAACCAAACGCCUCUGAAUGAAGAAGUAAACAAACCAACUCGUCGAAUUUGGGGUUUAGAGCCGGGAUAUUACAGCAGAAAUUGCUUAACAAUAAAUAUCAACUUAUGAAUUUAUGCAGAACACAUCAAAGUGUUACCUGCCAAGUUCGUGUGGUGGUAGAGACGUCGAAUAUCCAGAGAGAAGAAUAGAGAAGGUAAAAUGCCUAGAAAACGGUUUCCGUGCGAAAGAAAUGAAAAAUCGUGAACGAAAUUCGGAUUUUUCAGUGCAAAAAUCUAGACACCCUUCAAAGGUUUCGUCUUCAGGUAGACGACGAAGUGACCAGUUUUCAAAAUUUGAAUUCGAUAACAAUGCUCUUAAAAAUUUAUCAUCCGAUCAUCAUGGUUUUGUUUCUCCAUAUCCUCCCCGUCCGCAAUUGAAUGAAGUACAAUCUCGCACCGCUCCACUUAGUCGACGUUCUUCCGAUCACUAUCGGCUACCUAGUCCUAACGAUCAAGUUUCUUUUCAUGAAUCUUUAAAAGACCUUUUGCAGGCCUCUGAUUCUGCUGAUGUGCACCGCCAAUCCCCCUUCUCAGUUACUGAACCUUCAAUCCAAGUUCAGGAGUCUUCGUUGCUGGAUCCGGAUGCAAACGAUUCUCAAACAUCCCAGGACGUUCAUCCUGCAAGAAAAGCCAGUAAAUCAUUACGCGUAUUUGCGUCCUCUACGUUAAAUACUAAUGAUGGCAAUAAUAACACCUUGCAUCCUGUUCCUGAGGGUGAUUCUGUUGGACGAUCUUCUCCUGCCAUCCCUGACCAAUCCACAAUUUAUUCUCAUCAAAACUAUCAUUCAAACUCUACCCCCGGUCUUCUUGAACCCAACGUAAUUAAUACAAAUCCUCAAGAUUCUUUAACAACCACUCCCAAGGCUUCUCGAGGUCGUAAAGAGGGAUCCACCAGUUCAAAGACCACCGCUACCUAUAUUCCUCACCAUCCCUCUACUAGAUCAUCUCAGCAUUUACCUCUUUUACCCGAUGCAUCUUUUGAAUUUGAUCGUUCUCUAUCUCGUCCUCGUUCUAGCCCUCUAUCCACUCCUCGUUCUUCGUUUUCCUCCAAUUCAUCUUCUCCCCCAGAUGAGAAUCCUUUUUUUAAUUGGAAUGUUGAUUAUCCAAUCACCGUCCAACUAGAACCUUUUAAACAUCAAGUGGGCGGUCAUACAGCUUUUUUUCGGUUUUCUAGAAGAGCUGUCUGUAAGCCGUUGACUCGCAAUGAAAAUACUUUUUACGAAACUAUAGAGACUUGUCACCCCGAAUUAUUACCGUUUAUCCCUAAGUACAUUGGUGUUUUGAAUGUUACACAUACUGAAACAGAUCAGAGUAAAGAAGAUACAGAAGCUGGUGAAAAGGAUCAAGACGCAUCCAAGUCUUCUUCUAAAACCCACAAAAAGAAUAUAUAUGGGCAAUCUCAAAGUCAAACCUGUGGUUACAUUCCGGAAGUCAGUGUAGAACAGAAUCGACACAUUUUUCCCGAAUGGAUGCUGCCUGGUCACUGUCGAUAUGAUACUGGAGGAAGCUACCAUAACAAGUCCAGUUCUUUGGACGAUCGGCCAUUGUCUAAUAGUACCGAUUCUCCAGAACCUCGAAAAACACCUUGGGGUACCACGUUAAUCAACAGAAAAUUGCGUGAACAAGUUUUAAAAGAGGUUUUUGCUCCAAAACAUGCUCGUCAAUCACUAGCCUCUCGCUACAAGUUACGGAAUACUCAUCGAUCUAGCAGACCCUCUGUUUUCAGAGAUAACACUGUUAAUGUUUUCCCUUAUGAUAAUGUUCCUCGUUCUAGACGAAAUUCCGAGACUGAUCCCAACAAGAGUUUGUCCUGUAGCGUAGAGGAUAAGUGCUACGACAUGUGUACAGCUGUUGACGAGGAAAAUGAAGAAAUGGACUAUGAUCCUUUAAAUAAGCAAAACAAAGGGACUCGAAACCAAAGACGAUAUUCCUCGGAUGCUGUGUGGGAAGAACCAGAGUCUGACGAAUUUCCCCGCUUGUCUGAGAUGUUGGGCGACUAUGAAUGCAAACCAGGUUUGCCGAAGUCGUCUAAGUACAUUGAAUACUCUAAAAAGAUGCAAGCCCAGAAAAAUGCAUCAGAAGACCCGAUAUUUGCUAUGGAUAACGAAGAUUCGUUUGAGGAUCCUCCUCCACUUGAAGCUGUCGAUAAUAAUUCUACAACUGAUCGAGCACAUAGGACGACUUCAUUUCCAGUGCUGUCAAAGGCAUUACCCGAAGAGCAUGAAAAAUUAAAACAGCCGAAAGAGGAUCCUGAUGCCUUGAAUAGAUCAACUCAAAUAGAACGCUAUAUUGUUAUUGAAGAUUUGACGAGUGGAAUGAAUCGUCCUUGUGUUUUGGAUGUUAAAAUGGGGACCAGGCAAUAUGGUAUAAUGGCUACUGAAAAAAAGAAAGCAUCUCAAACCAAGAAAUGUGCUAUGACUACAUCUCGUGUAUUGGGUGUCAGAAUUUGCGGAAUGCAAGUGUGGCAUUCAAAUUGUCAGUCGUACACAUUUGAGGAUAAGUACGUCGGUAGAGAUAUAAAAGCGGGUGAGGAGUUCCAGCUUGCAUUGAUGCGAUUUUUAGGAUGGAUGGAGGACGAUGAGGAUAAUGAACACGUACUAAUACAUCAUGUCCCUGCUAUUUUAAGAAAAUUGAGACAUUUGGAACAGAUUGUUCGGUUGUUGAGAGGUUCAAGGUUAUAUGCGAGCUCUCUUUUAUUUAUAUAUGAUGGCGAGCCUUCGCCGAGCAAUGGAUCUAGUAGUUCAUUAGAUCAUGAGGGCGCAAGUGCGAGAGAAAUCGAUAUUAGAAUAGUAGAUUUUGCGAAUUGCGUAUUUGCGGAAGACAAAAAUAUGCUUUCAGAUGCGACUUGUCCUCCACAGCACCCUGAGUCGUACGACAAAGGAUACGUUCGAGGUUUACGCACUUUACGCCUGUAUUUUUCUAAAAUAUACCGAGAAUCGAAAGGAAUGCAUGUUGCUGAACGAGGAUAUGAAGAUAAUUUUACUGAGGGUUGCGAUGAGCUUGGCGAAGAGCUUGACUUUCCUGAUGAAGACCCUGCUUGUGGUGAUGCUUCUACUUGAGUGUAAUUUGAUUGUUGGUAAGAGUGGAAAAAGAUAUCGACGUUUUUUGGAUUGCAAUUUUGUAUAUGACGAUGGUGAGAAAUCAGUAACGUAUUGUCAUUGGUUUUCUCUGUUCAAGCUAAAAUAUCAUCUUUUAAUAACUUCUAAUGCGAAAACUUAUAAUAUGAUUGUAUUUAUCGUUGAUUUAUGUCCAUUCCCCUCCUUACGUGAACGUUACGGACAAGUUGAUUUCUUUUGGGCAGAUAUGAGAGUUGUAAAUAUAUAUAAAGUAGGUUAGGCUAUGAUAACAUGAAAUCUAUCACA